AUGGCCGAGGAGAUUAUUGAAAACGUGGAGCACCUCGUCACAGAGAGCCUGCCUUUUACCGGCGGCUCAAGCUGUCUUGAGUACGGCAUGCCUACCCUGGACCGUCCGUUUGGAGUCGCGCUUUGGCCACUUUUCGUCGAGGGCACACGUCGCGUCACCGGCUGGGACCUCAGCAAGUUCGACUACGAAUACAACUCGUGGGCGCCCAUGUCGAAGGUGCACGAAGUUUUGAUUGCAAUCACCAUGUACUACGUUGUUAUUUUUGGUGGCCGCUGGGCGCUGCAAAAUGUGCGACCGAUCAAGUUCGGCUUCAUCUUCAAGCUGCAUAACCUGCUUCUGACGUUCUUCAGUCUGACUUUGCUGAUUCUCAUGAUCGAACAGCUCGUGCCUAUUCUGGUGCGCCACGGCAUCUUUUACGCCAUUUGCAACACCACGGCUUGGACCCAGCCCUUGGUCACCCUCUAUUAUCUCAACUACUUGACCAAGUACUACGAGCUGCUUGAUACGUGCUUUUUGGUGCUCCGCAAGCGUCCUUUGACUUUCUUGCACACCUACCACCACGGCGCCACUGCCUUGCUGUGCUUUAACCAGCUCAACGGCUCCACCUCCAUCUCUUGGGUGCCCAUCUCGCUCAACUUGUUUGUGCACGUUGUCAUGUACUUUUACUACUUCUUGUCGGCAUGCGGCAUCCGUCCUUGGUGGAAGCACUGGGUCACUCGUGUCCAGAUCAUCCAGUUCAUCAUCGAUCUUGCCUUUGUCUACUUUGCCAGCUAUACCCACUUUGUCUACCGCUACUUCCCUAAUUUGCCUAACAAGGGUCGCUGCGCUGGUGAGGAGUCUGCUGCCGUCAACGGCUGCCUGAUUCUUACGUCCUACUUGGUCCUCUUUGUGUCCUUCUACAUCAAGGUCUAUUUGGCCCCCAAGAAGACAAAGAAGGUCUCUUCUGAAUCCGCGGCCGACAAGCCGGCCUCUGCUAAGGCUUCUGGCGCUGCUGCUUCCGACGCCUCCAGACGGUCUACUCGUAGCCGCCGUAUUUAA